GCUCUCAGAAGCUGCCCGCUGUGCGGUGGACCGUCCCUCCUCCUUGGCAGCUGCGGGUGCUGCACAACCGACGCUGCUGCCGCUGGCCCGCCCGCGCCCAGCAUGGGGCCCGUCCCGCGCACCCUGGAGCUCUUCUACGACGUGCUGUCCCCCUACUCCUGGCUGGGCUUCGAGGUCCUAUGCAGGUACCAGCACCUCUGGAACGUCCAGCUGCAGUUGCGGCCCUGCCUCUUUAAGGAGAUCUUGAAAGAAAGUGGAAACAAACCGCCCCUGGUUCCUCGCAAAGCCCAGUACAUGGCCAGUGACCUUCGACUCCUGAAACAGCAUUUCCAGGUUCCCAUCCACAUGCCCAAGGAUUUCUUUCCUACCGUUCUUCGCAAAGGAAGUGUAUCUGCCAUGCACUUCCUCACCGCUGUGAACAUGGAGCAGCCAGAGAUGCUAGAGAAGGUGUCCAGGGAGCUGUGGAUGCGCAUCUGGUCCCGGGAUGAAGACAUCACGGAGCCCGGGAGCAUCCUGGCUGCUGCAGAAAAGGCAGGUUUGGCUGCAGAGCAAGCUCGAGGCCUUCUGGAGAAGAUCUCCACAGCACCGGUGAAGAACCAGCUCCGAGAGACCAUCGAGGCAGCCUGCAAAUAUGGGGCCUUUGGGGUGCCCGUCACUGUGGUCCACAUGGAUGGCCAAACCCACAUGUUGUUUGGCUCUGACCGUUUGGAGUUGCUGGCUCACCUGCUGGGAGAGAAGUGGAUGGGUCCAGCCCCUCCAGGUGUAAGUGCCCAGAUUUAGAUUGAGGGGAGGAAGCGGACUGUUGGUUUCAACAACCAGGCCAUCUGUUUAUGCCCUUGUUCCUCUUCCUUCUUCUCUUCCUCCUCCGGUGGAGGUGGAGCGCUGGAACUUGGGUGUCUCCAUCUGGUGAGAUUCCCUUGUUGGCCUUAGGACUGUUACCGUCCAUGUAAGCCGAGGAAUGCUGGGGAUGCGGGAGGGGGAUGCAGCAGCUGUCCACUUCUUCUGUGUCUCACGACUGCCUUUGGCCAAGCCCUAAAUUGUGCUUUUCCUCAAAAUAAACCUGAUGCCGCUAGUCAAAA